AUGUCUCAAAGUUUCAACUUAUGUAAAAGUGAAGUGGAGAUCUUCGAUCUCGUGAACGACAAUGAUAGUUAUUGUAGUGAUAAAGAAAGUGAAAUAAUGGUUGUCGACAUAUCCGAUGACGAUGUCGAAAUUAUUGAUCUCAGGAACAAUGGUUAUCGUGAUGAAAGUAACAUUUCCGACGAUGAGGUCGAAGUGAUUGAUCUCGUGAAUGAUUACGAAUGUGAUUCUAGUGUUCAAAGAAAUAAUCUUAUAAUUGUCGACAUCUCGGACGAUGAUGACAACAAUCCAGACAUGGAGAAUGUGAGUGAUGAUGAACACGAUAAUGACAGUGAUGAUGGAAAUGAUGAUGUUGAUGUUAAUGAUGAGGAAAUGAACAACAUCCUCGAUGACAUCGAGCGUGAUUUCGCUUACUAUGGGAGGGACGUCGAGUUCGAUGAAAUCGAGCCAGCAGAGGCCAUCACAUCGGACGAGGGAUUUGAGUCCAACUCUUCCUUGGAUGAUGGGGAGUCGAUACAUCGCCGGCCACUCUCAUGA